AUGGCCCAGACCGUGCUUUUCUCCCAGGCCUUGGAAGCUGCCAUGGAUUUAGGAAACAUUGAUGUCGGGCUCGAGGUCGGACCCCACGCGGCAUUGCGCGGACCUGCGCUUCAGACCACCAAACAGGUCUCCGGCUCGGAAAUUCCGUACGUGGGUGCGCUGGACCGCAAGAAGAAUGAGGUUGCGGCUCUCAGCGAUGCUUUGGGUUCGAUCUGGACAAGUCUGGGCCCAAGCGCGGUCGACCUGGCACGAUAUACCUCGGCGUUCACGCAAGAUGGCAGGCCGCUGUCUUUUCAACCCCUAGGCUCUCUACCAACGUACCCCUUCGAUCAUCAGACCAUUUUCUUCAGAGAAAGUAGAAUCAACAAGCAGUUCCGGUUGCGAUCUGACCCGCCUCAUGAACUUCUUGGCACAAGGACCCCAGAUUGCACAGCUUGGGAACCAAGAUGGAGGAACUUCUUCAAGACAGAAAUGUCCUGGUUGAAGGGUCACCGAAUUCAGGGCCAAAUCGUCGUUCCCGGGGCUACUUACUGCGUCAUGGCAUUGGAAGCCGCGAAGGCCCUCUGCAAAGGCAAAAAUACCAGCCGUUUCGAGCUGCGUAACAUCAAGAUUCUCAGACCCAUUAGCCUUGAUGAAUCAUCUGAGGGCGUCGAGACCUUGUUCUCCUUGAGAAGUGAUAUAGACUCACUCAAGGGAGGAGAGGGUUUGGUACAUGCCGACUUCAGCUUGAGCGCAGCCAAUGUCUCGGACGGAAACAUGAGAAUGAUAUGUAGCGGAGAGAUCCGAAUACAUCUUGGAGAGCCUGACUCGACCGCCUUCCCUACCAGGCCCCUACAACCCCGGACCGAGCUAUUGUCGAUGAAUGUGGACCGCUUCUAUUCGGCUCUGGACAGACUUGGUCUCAACUACUCUGAAACUUCAGAGGUUUAA